AUGGUGUAUCUGACAGCCAAACCCACACCCGACAACAAAACUGUGUCUUCUCCAACUUCGACAUCUCCGUCCGCACCUCUCGUCAUCAUCGAGAGUGAGCGUGACGAAGACAAAGACUUGCACCACCGGAAGCGACAGAAACGCGAAGACAGUGUAGUCACCCAGACUAGUGUGAUUGGCCUCUCAGCAUCAGAGUCUCAGGCGUACAUGGCGAGCAAGUAUGUGGCCGGAGAGUCCGAUAGGAAGAUACAACAUGUCAUGGAGGCGGCACGGCGCGCGCAGAAGUUCCGCCGGGUGGAGAAGGAAAAGGCGAAACCAAUCAGACCGGUGCGGAUUCUAGUCGACUAUGUUUUACCUGCUGGUUCUGAGAGGCUGGAUUGGGACACGGACGAAGUUCGUCGGAUGGUCGGCGAGAUUGCUUGA